GAGUCAAAAGGUUGGAAGCAUAUUUUUGUGCGUCUGCGAUUCCUCAAUUUGUUUAAUUUAAUAAAUAUAAUUCCUUCUCUCUUCUUCUUUUCCCCACCUCUCUCCUCUCAAAAGGAAAAAGACCCAUUUCCACCCCAAAACUAAGUCCAAGUAAAAAUGGCGAGCUCAGUGGAGAAGGAGGCUGCUGCUGCAGGUGCAGGUGCAGGUGCGGCUGCAGGGGAGGAACCUCUGUCGUUGGAACUUCCUGCUCCACCUGGUUGGAAGAAGAAGUUCUUUCCAAAAAAGUCUGGAACCCCAAAGAAAAAUGAGAUUGUAUUCACUGCACCAACUGGAGAGGAGAUCAGUAGUCGGAAGCAACUGGAGCAGUAUCUGAAAGCACACCCUGGUGGCCCAGCUGCAUCCGAAUUUGAUUGGGGCACUGGUGAGACCCCGAGAAGAUCAGCAAGAAUCAGUGAGAAGGCCAAGGCAGCUCCUCCCCAAGAAAAUGAGCCCCCAAAGAAACGUGGCAAGAAAUCACCAGCUUCAAAAAGGGAUGCUUCUCAGGAAGAACAAAAAGAGGAAACGAAAGAAGAACAAAUGGAAGAAGCUGGUGAAACUAAGGAUGACAAAGGUUUAGACCCAGAAAAGAAUGUUGUGGAGGAAAAUCAAGAGAAGAGAGCGGAGGAUACAGAUGGAAAAGAAUCCACCCAUCAUGGAGAAAAUGCCAAUAUACCUAAGGAUGAGGAAGAAUUCAAGACCAAUGAUGGAGAGCUACAUGCCUCAAAAGAGCAACUUGAUGACAAAGGAGUUGAGGGUUCUGAAGUUGUUCAGAAUAAAGAUGUGGAAAAGAUUGGACAGUCACUGGAGGAGACAAAGAAAGAUGAUGGAACUGAUGAGAAAAAGGUUGAACUGGAAGGAGAGAAUAAGGAGGAACAUAACAGAGGCACUCAAGUAUCUCAAGUGAAUGAUGAAGAACAUUUUAAGGUUCAUGAUAUAAACAAGAAGGCUGAACCAGAGUUGACUGAGAAUGGAAGUUGAACUGGUUAGGUCAAAGCAGCUAAAUAAGGAAUAAUAAACUUGGGUUCUCUUCUCUCUUUCUGACCCCUUUAGAUCUGUCCGAGUAUGACUCUAGUUUUGUUGUGAUGUUAUUUAUCUGAUUGUUUAUUGAAACAACUAUAGACAAUUAUAGUGUAGCUCUAUAAUGUACCAUCUCUGUGUUGGAGAGACGUGUAGCUUUUGUCCUCUCCGUUAAAUUAUGUUGUAAGAUACUUGUAAUGUGAUAUGGACCUGUAAUCUUUGUACUACUAUCGUGAACCCAAAUAUUUCAUUUACUCCUAAA